AUGUUGAGACCGAGGGCGCUUCUGGUUCCUCGUGGUUUCAUGGGAAUGCCCCUCGACCCCAUGAUGGGCGCCAAAAUGUUUCGAAGUAAUCCAGAAGAGGAGCUUGCAACCAACGAGAUCCUUUCUGUUUUCUACAGACCCGUAGAACUCUGCAACAUUAUUCAGUCACGUUCUAUGGGAAACCCGGUAUUCCUUCGAAGAUGCUUGCGCUACAAGAUACAGGAGAAGCACAAUAAGAGAAUACAAAUGACAGUUUGCAUAAAGAAGGUUACUACCAAUAAUGGGAAAAGUGCCUUUCCUAUGUAUGUCUGUCUGGCUAGGCGGGCUCCUAAAAGUGGAAUUUCAAUGGAUAAUGUUGUUUAUCAAAUUGGCCGGAUUUUCAUCUUCCGAAAUUCCGGUGAAGUUGAUUUGAAUUCUGAAGUCCAAGUAAAGUUUACACUCCCAGAAUUGAAUAAGUUAGCGAAGGAAGCUAAAUCUGACACAAUCGAUCUCUUGUUUGUCAGCGCAGCCACUGCUGAGGACUCAAAUUUAUCAAAUGGAGUUAAUUCAAACUUGUCGCCUUUGGAUCCGAAUCAUCUGCCUCUUGGUGAAUCUGGAGAGUACUGUCUUCUGGGGACAACACAUUUAGAAUCAAUUUAUAUGGCUUGGAAUUAUCUUCCUAGUUUUCGUUUGGGACACCGAACUGAGAUUUGCACAACUUUGGAUUUGUUUCCAUGUAUUCUGAAGUCGGAUUUUCAAAAUCAGGGUGCAAAAGUCUCCAUUCAACGUCCAUCUAAUGGAAAAAAUAUGAGCAUAUCAGAGAUACAUAUCUCAAUUUCUGCUGAAGAGUUUGGGUCCAAGGAGAAAUAUUCCAGUUACAAACUAUACUUUCUGAGAUUCAUAGCUGAGUUGCUUCAUAGAAUCCCAAAAAGUGGUGCAAAGCAGCCAAUCCUAAAACUGUUUCUGCAGGAUGGCUGGUAG